CACUUGAGGAGUGAAAAAAAGGGGGAAAAAAAACCCAUCUUUCAUGAUCUGCAUUCUAGGAAUGUAUCCUCAUGUUGAGGCCUUAACGAAAGCGAGCUUCCGCACCUUCACAGGUCGGGGAAGCCGAGAUCUUGUCAGCCAUCUGCCAUUGAGGGAACACGCAAGGCUUGUAAGAGUAUAUCUAAGGAGUAUAUAUAAAACAAAUGACCUUCCGAGUUUUCUCGAAACAAUCAGCGGUUAGACUUUAUCGCACAUUCCCGUUCACAGCUUCUAUCAUACAGACUAUUUUACAUUGCACCUAAUCGACCUGAAAUAUAAUUCCAGCACCUCAAGACCAUCAUGUUGUUGAAAGAUCU